AUGCAUGAUAACCGCCCCAACCCAUUACUGGCCCAAGUGCCUCUCACAGUAUCUCCGUUUGUGUCCCUUCCAACGGCGACUACCUUGCCAUACACAUACAAGACUCUACCAUCAACAUUACCGCCAUCAUCAACGGGCACGCCAGCUUCGUCGUCGGCCGAAGAGAAGGCGCCGUACGUGGUCUCGACCUCCGGCCAUGGAGCACACCCAGAUGAGAUAAUAGCCUCCUGCAGAGCACUACAAGCAUACAUUCAAAAGGUUCAGGAUGAUGCCGACAAGGAACUUAGGGAGUGGGACGAAGCUAUGGCUGCGAGGGAGCUUGCAGAGAAGCGGAGGGUUGCUCCGGGCUGGCUGGACAGCGACGCAAGGAUACUAGAACCUGAGAGAAAGGAUGCUUCGACUUCUGAAUCCCAAGAACAAACACAUGCGCGGGGCAAUCUAAUGGACGCGGAUGUUUCAAGAGCUGAUGCGCCGAGUCUCCCCAACCCCACGGUAGCUACGUCGAGUGGGGUAGCCCAAGGAGAUGAACUAGAUCGAGCUUUUGGUGGCCUUGUACCACUUCCAACUUCACCCAAUCUGAUUGUUUCUGGCGGGGGGAACUCUGCUCCACGAGUAGACACGAUGCUUCCACGAAUACCGCGAGCUGGAAUUGUGCUCUCAAGGUCACGCCCACCCCGAUUGUCAAAUUACGCCACACCCAAAUCGCCCCAAAUCUGCCCGAUUUGUACUUCCUCGCCAACUUUACGGUUUCCUUCCCAGAAAUCACGGCGGUCCCCAGAGCUCCAGCAGCAUAGAGCUACCGCUCGGCGACAAUUUCACUCAGCUAACUCAUUGAACACGGCAGCCGCAAAAUCGCCCACGCAAACCUCAUCCCGUGCGGAGCUUCGAAGUGCUUUGCUCGACCUCCAGAAACACGCAGGGAACUAUGUCAACAUUUCGCGGCUACAGCUAGCGCUACGCGGCAUUGAGCAAACGCCGGGGGAUGAGACUAUCAGGAUCGCCAUACUAGGCCUCGCAGAUGGCGGAAAUUCUUUGCAGAAAGCAAAACAGCUCUUAAGGUUGCUCCUUGCGGAUCCACUCAAGGACGAGGAGAAAUGGGAGCAGAUACUGCUCGAUAGUGCUCCUGGAGGCAGGCCGCUGCUCGUUCGUGUUGGACACGAUUCUGGGGAUCAAUCGGGGUAUAGCAGCCGGAUGGUACAGGAACUACAUGUGUCUUCGCCGAUGUUGAAUGGACAUAAACUAGAAAUUCUAGUUUUGGAAACGGACCCUCCGACAGCCGCGGUCGGUGCUGAUGGGAGCUUCGAAGAGACCGUUUUAGUUCCUACAAUGGAAAUCCCGACUUCUAAUACUGGAAGAUAUACGCCUGUCACCACACCGGUUCACAGGUCACUCCUGGUAUCACAGGGCAUUGUGGGUGCAGCCUCGUUGUUGUCAGCCCCUCCAAAUACAGACAGGACUAUUAUAAACUUGGCUGUGGAUUUACAAUAUAAACGUCAGGAUGAAGAACCCCCCCUUCCUUUCCAAAUUAUCGAUGUUUCCUUAGGCACUUCAGCCGUCGUAUCGUUCCGGGAGAGUGUUCGCAAUGCGUUGGAUUAUGAGCACAACUGGUCCGCAAGUGGUGCACCAGAGGUUCUGAAAUGGCUUAAAGCCGGAACAGCGCCAGUUGAAGGGACGAUGAAACUCCCUGUACGGAGGCUUAUCGAGUCUGUUUUGGAAAAUACGAACUCGGCCAUUCAAGCAGAACAAGCACGCCAACUCAGUACUGCCCUUACUACUAAGGUUUCCGAUCCUCAGUUGCGAUCGUUACAGGAAUCAUUAACUCUUUGGGCGGAACGGGCCCACACGGAGUUGCGAGAUCAGCUAGAUAUAGCGUUCAACGGACGUCGAUGGGAAAAACUGAAGUGGUGGAAAUUAUUCUGGCGGGUUGAUGAUGUAUCCAUGAUCACUACCGAUAUACUUAACCAAAGGUUCUUGAGAGACGCAGAGGAAGAAAUCAUCUUUCUUGCUGGCCGCAUUCAGGAAUCGGGAAUCACAACCCUGAGUGAACGACCGGAUGGAACUCCACGGGAUUGGCCGAGAAAGCCCGUACCUCUUGUUCGGGCAGGGCAUAAACUUGGUGCAGAGCCGCCACCGCCCCGGUUGAUGGAUAUCUCAAUUCCUGAGGACGGUAUACGACCUCCUCGUACGGAUGGCCCGCCAUGGCCAUCCCAUAUCCUCCUUGCAAGAAGCCAUUUUAUUUCUACUACGGUCUCGUCUUUGCAAGCAACAGCACAAAGCCUAGUCCUCCAGGCGCUAGGUACGUCCGCAAUCGCGGGAGGAUUGGCUGGGCUUGUACAUGCUUAUAAUAUACUCACACCACUCUUUGCCGCUACUGCUGUCCCUGCCCAAUAUUUAGACGCCUAUUCAGUUGCGGGAGUUGGUAUCGUCUUUGCUCUUUGGAAAUUACAGGGUAAAUGGGAGUUAUCGCGGAAACGCUGGGAAGGAGAAGUGCGAGAAUGCGGUAGGAGUACUAUACAAGCAUUAGAGGAGGUCGUGGGAGGAGUACUGAGAGAUGCUAACAAAGCUUCAUAUCAACAGGACCCUGAUCUAGAAAAAGCAAUGGAGAUAGCGAGAAAGGUUGAAGAGGCCUUGAAGGCUUUGGAUAUUGGUCGCGCAGUGGCCGCGAGUUGCUAUACCAUGUCUGCAGCUACUAGAGAGGGCGCGAAAUCAGACGCACCAGCGUCACCUAAGGCCAGGGAUGAUGCGAACCCAGAACCUGGGAGACGACAGGAGAAGAGCCAUGAUGUAGCGGACGCAGAAGAUGCCCAGCAGGAAGAACUGGAAGAGGGAGAAGAAGUGGAGGAGAGCAGCAAGAGCCGGGUGGAAGCACACAAUGGAGCGACCGAGCAGUCGGGCGAGGAUGGAACUACAGAGGCACCUCCACUACCAGAGGAAGCAAUCCCCCCCCUACCGGAAGAAGAACCUCCCGCAGCAGGAGCAGAGAAUGACGAUGGAUGGGCGCCGGUCUGGGAGGAAUCUGCACAGGCUUUCUACUUCUACAACCGACUGACAGGUGCUUCGCAAUGGACAAACCCCCGUGUCCCAGAUGCAGAAGCACCACAACCGGGUCCUCCAGGCGUCGAGUCUCCCGCUCCCACGCUUCCCACAACUGCACCUCCUACGAACGGGUACAACCCAGCGAUCCAUGGUGACUACGAUCCGACGGCAUGGUACGCACAACCUGCCGCCGCCGAGGAGACCGGCGCAGGACCUGCGGAUCCAGCAGCCGCCUACGCAGCAACAGCCGCUUUCAACCGAUUUACGGGCAGAUUCCAGAACUCAGAGAUAACUCCCGAGAACUACAAUGACGAGAAUAAGAGCAAGAGGCAGAUGAAUGCUUUCUUCGACGUGGAUGCUGCUGCAAAUAGCCAUGACGGGCGAAGCUUGAAGGCUGAGCGAAGUGGCAAAAAGCUAUCCAAAACGGAAUUGAAACAGUUCAAGGAAAAGCGGAAGGCUAGAAAGGAGGAGAAACGGAGGGCUUGGCUGAGGGAUUAA